AUGGCCACGUCUCUUCGGGACAUACCCUUCUUCGCACCACCUACUUCUCGCCCAAUCUCAAUCGUCCAUCCUAAUGACAAGCCGACCGCGAAUGAAGAAAACAGCAAAUGUACUCUCAGAGCUUCAGCACCGGCCUUUCAGCCAUCCUUUACGAACAGCUGCAAUUCUCGAAAUGACAUAUCGGCGGCACCCGAUCAGCCGCUGGCCAGCCAUAGCCCUCAGUCAGUGUCAUCAGUAGAGAUUCAGCAGGCAGGAGAAGCCGAACGUCCGCCCAUCGAACAACCAGUCCCGCCACAUGUGAACACGUCCCAGUGGAUUCGGGGCUCAGAACCUCUUCAGCCGGGACUGCAACUCCAGCCCGGCGGACGCACACAUGGCGAAUUGCCACGACUCAGAAUUGCUCCUGCUUUCUAUCCGUCAGCAAAUCUAGCUCAACAAAGCUACGUGCAAAACAUUCAGGUCACUCCACACACUCUACAGCCUGUUUUGCACCAGCACUUCGUCCCCUCACCUUUCGGGAGCGGCAAUGUCUCACCCAGCGCAAGUGACGCCUUGUCUACUGGUGUCUUACCACGGGUCUCAGAGCCUCCUACUCCCUCCCUCACUGGGCCAAGUGUCAGCCCCAGCGUACAUCCGCAGUGGAUGUUCACUGGCAACCAGUCCGGACCCUUCUCAUGGCCCAGUACAUCUGGAAAGAAGACCUUCAAACCUCGACCAAGUAUCGUCUACAGCCCUCUAGUGACUACAGGUCACAAUCACACACCAUCGGUGAGCAUCGGAUCUUCUGCCUUUUCUGCCAUACCACAGGUCAAGGCGGCCACUGCUCGGACCUCGGUCGUCCGAUUGCCUGAUGAAACCCGUACAAAGACGGAGGCACAGAGCCGGGGAGAAGUCGAAGAAGAGACACAGGGACUUGAAGAAUCCAAGCAUGAGGAAUCCGUUGCCAGCGAGACAGUCCCUUCCCCACCGCUCAAGGCACAGAUUAGGAGCAAGUGGCCAUGGCGUCAGCCCGGGGCAUGGCGAGACAUCGUCUGCGAUGCCGUCCUUACAGACGAGCAGCUUCGAACGUUGUCUCCCCUCCUCCCUGACGAUUGCGUGUCGUCGCGUACUCCUCGGGUGCAAAUGCCCGCUUCCGAUUCCUGGAAUGCCUAUGGUCAGUCGGGCAACAAGGAUCCAGCGGUUGAGCUGUUGGCUGAGACGAAGCCGUCAGAGCCGGAGUUGGAGAUCGAUAGCUGUACAAAGGAGGGUGAGGCUAUCCUCGUCAGCGUCCCAGAGGCGUCCACAGUUUCGGUGUCACCGACACAAGCCGUAAUCAGCUGUGAGCUUCAGACAAAGAAAGUGCCUCAGCGACUCACCGAAGUUGCACUCCCAGAAGCCGACGAGGAUUUGAAUCGACCUAUAGCUUUGGAGGUUCUGAACACAUCAAACGAAGUCUCUGCCGAGACGGAGCCCGCCUCCCCUGCAUCCUGUCUCGCUGUAGAGAGGGCUCCACUUGCAAUCUCUCACAGCGGUAAGGGCACCUCUGCGCCGGCACACGUCAAUGUCUUCCAUCGAGGGACUACUGACGACUCAUUUCAGCAUCAAGUCGACACCAGCUCCAUUCCAAGGUCUGCUCCGCCGAAUCUCUCACGUGACCGUUCAUUCGCGAGUUACACUAGACCUGUGCACUUCAGCCACGUCUCUCUGAGCAUGCCAAAUGCUGGCAAUCCGUUCGCAUCUGACGCCCUCAUGGCUCUCGGCCUGCCGUCUCCCUUAGAACGAGAUCAGAAGGAACUAUCGGCACCUCAGGAAUCAGGCGUCAGCCACUCACGCUCUGCCAGCUCUCCCCCUGAUUCUCGCACAUUGACGAAACUCUCCUGGAAAGAGCUCGGACCCGGAUUUGGCUACGAGCUAGAGACCUUAGUCGAGGAGCCAGCGAUGCCACUCAGCGAACGAAACCUCACAGGUACCUCAAAGCGAGAGGAGAUAGAAGACGAUCUCCGCACACAUGCUUCGCAAGACGCUGAUGCGUCUGAACAGAGUGACUUGGAGAGUUACGACGCAGAGAGACACCAAGGGAGCCAGAGGAUGAAGUGCUCUCGCGGAAGCGGCGACCAGGCAGUCGGGCUGGGAGAAAGCCGUCAAGGGACACUUUGCCGAACGCCAUUUGUAGGCUCAUCAGACGGCAACACUCUUGCAAGAGACGUUGAUGAGCGCUUCCUCGGCGGCAGACCAAGAGCUGAUACUACUGACACCUUUGCUAGUAGUGCAGUCCUGCCUGAUAGAGAAACGCGAGGUAGCCGCUCAUGGGAUUUCAUGAGCAAUCCAUCCGACGACGAUGCAGCUUUGCCACCUCUCCAAGAAGACGAUACUCAUAGCUGGGCCAGCCAUUCUCGCUCACGUGACACUGCGCAAGAGCAUCUCAACCUUAGCAAGCCAAGUGCUAGGUCUCGGAGGUACGAGGGACGGACGGCCGAAGACCAGAUUGACAGUAGUGGAGCUGCCGUCACCACUGUGUCCAGUGUCUUGAGACUACCGAGCAUUAGCACUUCAAGCUUCGGAUGUUCUGCCUUCCAUGAAGUUUCCGAGGGCAGAGGUACGAUAGACACUGGCUUUGCUCGGGCGGAGGCUAGCUCGCCCUUGCACAGCGCGGGUCAUGGACCCAUUGACCAGAUACCCGCAACCGCUUUUACGUUUGUGCCACCUGCAAAUGCUCCACGAUUGCCAUUGGAAUGGGCACAGAGUGGUCUCAGCGACUCUCAGAGCGAUGCAGAGGCACGAGCCCAGCAAGGUCGAGAAAAGCGCACCCGACCUUUGGGAACACCAUUGUCUGGCAGCCCCCAAAGAGAUGUCUCUAGCGGAGUCGGCCAGCGAAGAUCGCCUCAGCCAUCACCGAGACAGCUUGGACACCGUCGCAACACGAACGACCUUGGCCUGCCUCCCGGCAAUUUGCCAUCACUACGACCUUCUGCGCCUCCCUUCCUUCCGACAUGGGCCCGGCCUGUCCCUCAGCCCAAUACAUUGCUUCCUCCUAAUGCUCUUCUACCUAGACCUCCGUCACUGAGACCGGCUCCGCCUAUCGCGCCUGCUGUCCACCCGGCGCAAAUGAGGCAGUGGUAUCAGAUACCCGUACCUACCGGACGAUUCACCUUCACCUCCCUGGGCAGCAAAGCCAUCCCUAUCCGCAAACCAUCCGAAGGCAGUGCUGGCGUGACUAGCAGCCGUGCUACAGGAGCAGCUGCUACAGGUGUUGGAUCCGGAGACAGACCUCGGCUCCAAAAUGCGUCUCUCCAAGAUUCUGCUCCGAACAAGAGGCCUCAGGUAGGAGGUCAAGACGGUCGUGAUGAAUCUGGACUGCGCUUGCAGACUGCAUUGAGCGCUCAAGACCGUCAGCUGCUCAUUGACGGGCUGUCAAGCAAAGUGGAUCGCUCGCUUGCGAACCACAGCGUCUCUCUCGAGGGCAAGCUUGCGCAGCAGUUGCGCGAUCUGGCCCUGCAGCAUGCGGCAGCAGCCAAGACUGAUGGUGUUGCCGAAUCGCCCAAACGCAAGGCUGGGACCGUCGACGCGCCUUCCGAUGUAUAUUUUGACUAUGUCACCGAUGCCAUUGAAGUGCAGAUGCAAGACCUAAAGAAGGAUAUUGCUGGGUCGCUCAAUGCUGCCGUGUCUCGAUUCUCGUCUCUCAUCGGACGUGGAACGGUAUCACCAGCAGUAGGGGACGAAUCCAGUCUUGUGCAAAAGAUGGUCGAAGCUUGCGGUAAGCGCACCCACUCCCUAUUGGAAGACAUGAGGCAGUCACUACUCGACGAUCAAGUAGGCAAGAUCAGCAAGUUGAUGGACGAACGUCUUCUCGCUGCCCUCGUUUUGGUCGAGGGUGAAAGACAAGACCUAGCGGCGACCGUCCUCGAAUCGCUAGCGUCUCGCCUCAAGCGCUGGGAUGAGAUACGCGAUCACUUCUCGGAACACAUUCAGGUAGCGCUCAUCAAUGGAAUUCUUCCUCAUCUCGAGGCAAUGACGAGCCGACCUCAAGACGACAGAAUCACAUCUCUCUCAGGCCAGGAUGCAGACCUCAUUGCAGCUCGGGUGACCGAGAUACUCCUUCCAAUCAUCUCCGAUGCUCGGGAGGCUCGGGCGUCUUCUGGAGGUGUCAUGGAGCCGGCUGCAAUCGUAGAUGCUGUGUUUGAAAGGCUGCAGCCCAUCAUGGGGUCAGCUGACCGAAGCCGCACCGAGGACGACAUCUUGGCACCGGUCGUAAAUCGCCUUGACAAGCAUGCAGCGGGUCAGAUGGCAGCUCUGAAGCCCGUCACUAGCCUCUUUGACCCGCUCUUAUCAGGCCAGGAGGUUCUCCUGUCUGUGGCCAAUCAGAUGGUCAGACACCAGAGCGACUUCCAACGGCAGCUUGGUGAGAUCCCUGCUAUCAUUGGUGCUAAGCUCAUGGAGGCCCCAAAGUCGGACGCUCAGCAUACUGCCAUCCUGAGCGAGUUGUUGACGUCCCUCGGAAUGAUCACAGACAGGUUGUCCACUCCGGAUGAAGGCAUCCUGCAGGGGAUCAGACGACAAGGCGACGAAAGCAGGACAAGUAUGAGCGUCAUGCGAGAUGCAUUGGAUACCAUUGCGGGUACCUGUACAGCCUUAUGCGAGCAGAGCUGUCGCUUGGAAGAUGCGCUCAAAGACAUCGAUGGUCACAUCAAGGCGCUCGGAACGAUGCGCGCAUCUAAUGAGCAUCAGGAAGCCCCAGCCAAAAUCGCAGACACUGAAGCUUUGGUGGAUUUGGAGAGACUUGAAGAGGGUCGUGCGAAGGACACGGACGAAGAGGAGGCCUUGCAGAGCAUUCUUGCUAGGUGGUCAGAUGAAGUCAGCCAUCUGCGAGAAGAGCAAGCGAGAGAGAGGGAGCUCUCUGCCCGAACACAGCAGGACCUCCUCUCGAGACUUGAGACUGCACAGAAAGAUGCAGAUGAAUCUCGCAAAGCGGUACGUGACUAUUUGGCAGCCUUCGGCGCUUCAACAGCCAAUGCAGGAGCGGACGCUAGAGAUGCCCUCGAUCGUUGUGCCCGAUACGAAGGCGAGAUCACCUCUCUCCAAAAGCGCAUCGCGGAUCAAGACGCCAAGAUAGGCAACCUGCAGACUCUCACCGCUUCGCAAAAGCAAAAGGCGGCAGAAGCUCAGCAGAAGCUCGCUGAGUUCGCCAAGAGCAAAGUUGACUCUGAGAACCAGUCACAAGAGCUGGCAGACGCUCGAGCACGUAUUGCCGAGUUGGAGCAGCGCCUUGGCGAGCAGGAGGCGACCGAGGAGCGCCUGAAGUCCUCUGAGGCAAUGAAGGAGGAGCUGCGUGGUGAGAUCUCAAAGUACCACGAACACUUCAUGACUCUGGAGGAAGAGCUCGUCGCAAUGAAGGAGAAGCUGGUUGAUCGAGCGGAGCUGAUUGCCUGCCAACGGGAGCUAGCAAACAGUCAAGCAGAAGUGGCAUCGUUGCAAGAGCAGCUGAACGAGAAGGAGAGCAAGUGCAUCGCUCUCCUCUCCGUGGCCACACAGACGGAGGCAGCACAGCAAAGCAUGCAAGAGGCACAUGACAUUCACCGCAAGCAGCAUCAGAGAAGACAGGCGACAUCAGAGGAUACUCUAGAUCGCUCAGCAGGCGAUGAAAGCAAUGUUGCGGAGCAGGGAUCAUGGAGCAUGAUCAAGUCCGAGAAGAGUGGUCUCUCCGCCUCGGUCUGGGCAAUCCCGUCGCCGCCCAGCCAUCAGAGCUCGGGACAGGACCACAGACAAUCCCGCCCUCGAGAGUCCAGCGGACUCGGCGACAGCAGCUUCAGCGCCAGCGUCUUCGGCAGCGGCACCACUUCGAACCUUCUGAGCAAGAGCCGCAGCGAGCAAGUCAGGACAUUCGUCAAUGGACCUCAAUCCUACACGAUGUCCGUCAGAGACUUUAUGCCUGCUAGCUCCGUGCGCAGUCAACGCACCAUGAGCGAGUCGGAGGAAGUAGUCGUUGUUAAGCGCGAGGAUGGCUGGUGGGAGUGA